UGAGUAUCCAAACAUCAUCGGCAUCGGAUUCAAACGGUUGUUUGCCGGUGUAAUCGAUAUGAUAUGGCGUGGUGAACUACAUGUCAAGCUGGUCGCGAUGGCUAUUUAGAAGAGCAGAUGCCUGGAAGUUCGAGGGUUGUCAACAGAACCUCCAAAACACACUUCAAUCGUCAGGAUUAGGGCUUAACAGACUCUAUCUUCUUUUCUUCUCUUACUAGGAGGACGUACCUUCGGCCACUGGUCUAUUCAUAAUGUCUUUCUUGAGGAACUUCUUUGGUACCUCCGCAACAGCGGAGAAGGAUCUUGCGAAGAAUGACAGGAAAAAGCCUGUCCGUGCUUUGCCCGCUUCCUGGUAUACCUCCCAGGAGAUGUUUGAGCUUGAACGACGAUCUAUCUUUUCCCGGAAAUGGCUCCUCACCACGCAUAAGCAUAGAGUCGCCAAUCCCGGUGACUUUGUUGAAUAUGAUAUCGCCGGCUACGAUUUCAUCAUCUCCAAGGACCACCAAGGAAGCAUCGAUGCUUUUCAUAAGAGUGACACAUUCCCUAUCCAUGUCCACGUUGACAGGAACGGUUUUAUCUGGGUCAACUUGGAUGCUAGCGAGACCCCCGAGGUUGCCUGGAAGGACGACUUUGAUGGUGUCGAUGAGCAGCCCCGAUUCGACUAUUAUAACUUCGAAGAUUACGUCUUUGACCACACGUGGGAUCAAGAUGGAGAGUUCAACUGGAAGAUUCUGGCCGACAACUACAACGAGUGCUACCACUGCCUCGUCGCCCACCCCGAUAUUCCCACAAUUGCUGAUCUUAACUCCUACUAUGUGAAAACCAAGGCCGGUCACAUCCAACACUACGGCGCCGCGCGACCCGAGCAGAUCGAGAAGGGCUUUCGGAUCGCCGUUACUUACUUCUGGCCCAAUGCCUCUUUUAAUAUUUCCCCUCACUUUUUCUUCAUACAGCGAUUUACUCCCGUCAGCCCCACUAAAUCAGUAAUGCGAUAUGAAGUCUACCGCAAUAAGAGUUCCAGCGAUGAGGACUUCAACCUUAUCAGCGACAUGUAUAAACGUAUCAUGUCUGAGGACAAAUACCUAUGCGUUAACACCCAGAAGAACCUCAACGCCGGUGUCUUUGUCAACGGCGAGCUUCACCCGGAGAAGGAAAUGGGACCUCUUUACUUCCAGAGUACUGUGCGCGAGGUCGUCAUGGAACACCACAAGAAGGAGCAAGCUGCUGGCCACGAAAUCUCGCCCGCUCAUCAAACUUCUCCAAGUAACGAUACUGUCAGACAGGACAAUGGACAGCUACAGCGCAGAGAGGAAUGAUACAAUUGACACUCUUGCUACACCAAUUGCUGUCUAGAAAAUCCCUCGUGGAGGUAAAAUGGAGAAGAGCUAUUCGUGCUAUAAUUGCUCUCGGGGACUCCCUACCAAGGACACUAAGAAGGCUUUCCCACGCACUGGGUUCCAUGAUGAUGAUUCAGGACACUUAGUUUUCUUUAGAAGAAUUUAGCCAUGAUGAAGUUGGUCCUUUUAAUAUGUAAUCCGCUGCUUCUAUUGCUAUUUCUUACGAAUUGGGGUACAUAUGAAUGUAUUAAAAAUGACAAUCAUGUGCCG